AUGACUUUCACUUUCAAUCAAAAUGUCUCGGCACAACAGCUGGCUGACCUCCUACCUAACGGCGUCGCCAUCCUCAGCCACCGAUAUGAACUGGUCUCUGUGAAUCGCCGGUUCCGUGAACUCAUCCCGUGCCCCAGCACGACUACGACCGGGUGCUCUACUGGGUAUCGGGAGGUCGCGACCUCCAAACUACCGCUACGUUUCGAAUACCACACGCGUGACCCGGACUCAAUUUGGUGUGUCAUGACAUUGGAUCGACUGGAUGAUAAAGAUGUACAAUGCUUUGGACUAGGCGACGGUGGCGUGUUUAUCUGUACAAUCGCAGAUAUCACCCCGGAGAAAAAGGCGGAACUUCUACAGAGGCAGGCUGCGGAGGAGGCGCAGGAACGCAAGAAGCAACAAGAGCGAUUCAUCGAUAUGAUCAGUCACGAAAUUCGCAAUCCUCUGUCUGCGAUUGUACAUUGCACGGAGGAUAUUCAGGAGGCCAUCUAUAACAAGAAGCCGGAUGAAAUCUCAGUCACGAGCAUCACCGAGGCAACCGAGACAAUCAGUCUCUGCAUCAGGCAUCAAAAGAAAAUAGUCAAUGAUGUUCUCACCUUUUCAAAACUUGACGCGUCGAUGCUGCCGCUGUCGCCACGGAAGGUCCAGCCACAGCGACAUCUCACCAUUCCGAUGGCGAUAUUCCGACCAGAGCUCCGAAAGCACAGAAUCCACUUCGAAUACAAGGCCGAUGUUUCCUAUGCCGAAUGCGGCAUUGAUUGGGUCAUGGCAGAUCUAGAUCGGAUGGGCCAGGUUCUCGUCAACAUACUCUCGAACGCUAUCAAAUUCACCGCCCAAUCGGAGGGCCAGCGAUCGAUCCGAGUCUCAGUGGGUGCUUCAAUCGAGCGUCCAACUUCGUACCCGCCAAACAUCGUCUUCUUCGAUUCAGGUGAAUCAGCACUCCGCCAAGACGGGACUAAUAGUUCUGAAUGGGGAAAUGGCGAAGUUGCGUAUAUCAUGGUCGCCGUCAAGGACUCUGGUAUUGGGGUCACCGAGCAAGCCCAGAAACGGCUCUUCGAACGGUUCAAUCAGGCAACUCCCAAAACCGAAAGCAUUUACGGUGGCUCUGGCCUUGGCCUCAACGUAUGUAGGAAACUCUGCCACCUGCAUGGGGGUGAGAUUGGCGUGAGCUCCAAGAAAUGCCAUGGAAGCACGUUUGGGUUCUUUUUCAAAGUACGCAGGACAACCAAGGAAGCUGGUGAAGGGGAUCAGGGUUUCGACGUUUCUGCCCUCGACAAACUCUGUGUUGAUAUCGAGUCGCUGGGAAAUGAAAUGCGCGGUGUCAAUGAAAUGACAGAAGAACCCCAGAUUAUAGCUCGCGAGGUCGAGAAUGAACAGACCCAGCGGGCGGAUCAAAGUCCUUCAGAUGAAGAGAAACUAACCGGCGACGGCCAGCGUAUUCUCUUGGUUGAGGAUAACGUCAUCAACAGGCGAAUAAUAUCUCGCAAGUUGAGUACACUGGGUUUUAACAUGUCGGUAGCGAGCAACGGACAAGAGGCUGUGGAUGCGAAUAGAGAUAACCCAUUCGAUUGCAUUCUCAUGGACCAACAAAUGCCCGUGAUGGAUGGAAACUGUGCCGCGAACGCGAUUCGUGACAUUGAAAAGGAAACUGGAACACACGUGCCCAUUCUGGGAGUCACCGCGAAUGUCAGAGACGCACAACAAAAGGAAAUGAUCGAUGCUGGAAUGGAUGAUAUCAUCUACAAGCCUUAUGGGACUCAUGAGCUUGUUGAAAAGAUCAAUCGCUUGCUUUCUAAGGAAGGGAACACCCGGGCCAUGGCAGGAUUCUGA